CUUCCAUUUGGUCAGCCAUGGCCUGUUUCAGGAUGUCACCACGCAAUUCCUGGAUUUAUCCCACUGUGAUUCUCUGUUUAUUUGGCUUUUUCUCCAUGAUGAGACCUUCAGAGCCCUUCCUCAUCCCUUAUUUAUCUGAACCAAAUAAAAAUCUGACAAGCACAGAGAUCACAAACAAGAUCCUUCCAGUUUGGACCUACUCUUACCUGGUGCUGCUGCUGCCCGUGUUCGUCCUUACCGAUUACGUCCGCUAUAAGCCGGUCAUCAUCUUGCAAGGGAUCAGCUUCAUCAUCACCUGGCUGCUGCUCCUGUUUGGCCGAGGCGUGAUGGCCAUGCAGGCUGUUGAGUUCUUCUAUGGGAUGGUCACGGCCACCGAGGUCGCCUACUAUGCCUACAUCUACAGUGUGGUCAGUCUCGAGCACUACCAAAGAGUGAGCAGCUACUGCAGGAGCAUCACUCUGGUGUCCUACACCAUAGCCUCAGUGCUGGGCCAGGUGUUGGUCUCCCUGAGCAACGUGUCGUACUUUUACCUCAAUGUCAUAAGCAUGAUCUCCGUCUCCUUGGCUUUCAUUUGCUCACUUUUUCUACCGAUGCCCAAGAAAAGCAUGUUCUUUCAUGCAAAGCCCAGCAAGGAGAUAAAGGAGUCACCACACACGGACGCGAUAUUAAAAGAAGCUCCUAAGGAUGACACUCCAGGCUGCAAGGAGAAGAAUCUCACUUUGGAAACACGCUCAGUGACUUCAGGGAACCAGGACGACGGCCAGGACAGCCGCCCCAGAAAUGUGGCUUUGGAGGUUUUUGUGCAGUGGUUCCAGGACUUGAAGGAAUGCUACUCCUCAAAACGUCUUUUUUACUGGUCUUUAUGGUGGGCCUUUUCCACUGCAGGUUAUAACCAGGUUUUGAACUAUGUUCAAAUCUUAUGGGAUUUCAAGAAACCUUCCCAAGAUUCUUCUGUCUAUAAUGGCGCAGUAGAAGCUAUUGCAACAUUUGGAGGGGCUGUAGCCGCCUUUGCUGUGGGUUAUGUCAAAGUCAACUGGGAUCUUGUGGGAGAGCUGGCUCUGGCGGUCUUCUCGGCUGUCAGCGCAGGCUCUCUGUUCGUCAUGCGUUACACCGUGGACAUCUGGGUCUGCUAUGCUGGCUACCUGAUCUUCAAGUCCAGCUAUAUGCUUCUCAUAACCAUAGCAGUGUUUCAGAUUGCAGUUAAUCUCAGUGUGGAACGCUAUGCCCUGGUGUUUGGGAUCAACACCUUCAUUGCCUUGGUGAUUCAAACCGUUAUGACUGUGAUUGUAGUGGAUCAGAGAGGGCUCAACCUGGAAAUCAACAUUCAGUUUUUAGUGUAUGGGAGUUAUUUUGCAGUCAUUGCUGGAGUUUUCCUAAUGAGAAGCUUGUACAUCAUCUACUGGGCCAAAUGUCGAAAUCAGGAAGUACAGAGCCCGGCUACCAUGAAGAACCCAGGAAAGGCACGCCCAGAGGAGCCAAGUAACGACAACAUCUUAUCAACAAAGUUCUAA